UCAAGGCUUCUCUAACAGCUGUUGAUGUGAAACAAAUGUCAACGCUAAUUGUGUUUUUGUUUUUCGCCUCAGAAUCGCUCCACUGAUCCUUUCGUAUUAAGAUGACCGACGACGUUAAGAGAUACUUUACAAAUCUUCUGCAGAAGGUCAGCGGUUUAUUCUGUAUUCUAGUCACAGACCGUGAUGGAGUUCCUCUGAUUAGAAUAGAUAACAAAACAAUUGAGGAUAUAGACCUGCCACCGUCAUUGUUUUCUACAUUUGCAUUGGCAACCGAUCAAGCAGGCAAACUAGGACUUGGGAAGAAUAAAACUAUUAUUUCUAUGUAUUCAAAUUAUCAGAUCGUACAAAUGAACAAAUUACCUCUGAUUGUUACUUUCGUUGGAACCGAAAAUUGUAACACUGGACAUAUUCUAGCUUUGGAAAAGUCAAUCGAUGGAUAUUUAGAUGAAAUCAAGUUGGCCGUCACUGAAUCGUAAACACUAAUAGAAUGUUACACGCAACAUUUUUUGCUUACAUUAUUUUAAACAUUUGCAAUUUAGAAUUGGAAUAAAACAUACUAAGAAUUA